UCCUUUCCUCUUUAUUCUAACCCAGGAAGCAACAGACGUAUCAUCGUCAUCAUCAGCAACAAGAUUAAAGAGUCAAACUCCUCAACCCUUCUUCAGUUCUUCCCAAUUUUCUCUCUCUACAACUUUCCCUCUCUAAAACCCAUCUCCUUCCUCUUGGAAUCUCAAACCUUUCAGAGCCAAGCGUCUGCAAUCCCAAAUCUUUUUCAUUAUUUUAUUAUACAGUUUGGUCCCCAAGUCUUCGCCUUUUUUACACCCAUUGCCAUAAAAACCCUAGCCUCACUUGCUGCUGGAAAACCCAAUUAGGGAAGCUCCCGCAAUAGCUCUCCCGUGUGGAAAUUGAAUUAACGGGGGAACCAAGAUUUUAGCGGUCUAGUUUGGCAGCUUCUUGUAGCAGUUCGAUGCUGGGCACAGUAUGCCGAUGAUAGUUGGGAGAAAUACAAAUGUAUCGUGGCACUAGCUGCACUAGUGCAGUUAACAACACAACCAUAGGUGGGACAUCAGGGAGGGAUUCUACCCGAGCUGAAUCUGCCGCAUUGCCUAACGUACCUCUAGCUUCUAGGCGCACAUCACAGUUAAACCCUUACAAAUUGAAGUGUGAUAAAGACCCUUUGAAUUCCCGACUUGGGCCACCUGACUUUCACCCCCAAACGCCAAAUUGCCCAGAGGAGACUCUUACCAAGGAAUAUGUGCAAGCUGGAUACAGAGAGACUGUUGAAGGAAUUGAGGAAUCUAGAGAGCUUUCUCUGAGUCAGGCUCAAGCUUUUAGCAAGCCUCUUGUCUUCAGGUGCAAAGAGGCCAUCAAAAAACGUUUUAGGGCUAUCAAUGAAUCCCGUGCUCAAAAGAGGAAGGCUGGUCAAGUGUACGGUGUUCCUCUUGUUGAUUCACUGUUGUCAAAGCCAGGUGUUUUUCCUGAACAAAAGCCCUGUGGUGAAGAGUUGCGAAAAAAAUGGAUUGAGGGUCUAUCACAACAACACAAGCGCUUGCGUUCAUUGGCUGAUCAUGUCCCUCAUGGGUAUAGGAAAAGAUCUUUGUUUGAGGUUCUUACAAGGAAUAAUGUUCCAUUGCUGAGAGCAACUUGGUUUAUUAAAGUAACUUAUCUUAAUCAGGUCAGGCCAGGUUCUACCAGUUUAUCAUCUGGGACAUCUGAUAAAGCUCAGUUGUCCCGCACAGAGCUUUGGACAAAAGAUAUUAUUGAGUAUCUGCAGUACCUUCUAGAUGAGUUAUUCUCGAGAAAUAAAUCUCAUUCCAGUUCAAACAACAGAGAUAGAUCACCACAAACUUUAUAUGCUGCGUCACAAAGGAAUGAUCCAGCAUCAGCAGUCCUUGAUGGUGAGGAGCCUUCCGUACAUUUCAAGUGGUGGUAUGUGGUGCGGCUUCUGCAAUGGCAUCAUGCCGAGGGGCUGCUUCUUCCUACACUCAUCAUUGAGUGGGUUCUAAGUCAACUACAGGAUAAAGAAUUGCUUGAGAUUAUGCAGUUGUUUUUGCCUAUUAUAUAUGGUGUUCUGGAAACUGUUGUUUUAUCUCAAACAUAUGUGCGCAAUCUUGUGAGAGUAGCUGUUCGUUUCAUUGCUGAACCUUCUCAAGGUGGAUCAGAUCUUGUAGAUAACUCCCGUAGGGCGUACAUAGUGUCUUCUAUGGUUGAGAUGCUUCGCUAUUUAAUACUUGCUGUGCCUGAUACGUUUGUAGCUUUGGAUUGCUUUCCUCUACCAUCGUCUGUAGUUUCCUAUGUUUCAAACGGUGGAUUACCAAAGAUGUCUGAGGAUGAAAGAAAGAUUAAAAAUGUUUCAGCAGAAGUUGCUUCUGCAUUAAGAAGCAAAGUUUUCGAUACUCAAUAUCAGUGUCUGGCUUUUGAUCGUAUUGUUUCAUGUAUUCAGAAAUGUGCUGAAAAUCUUGCAAAGGCUGCAAGGCCUAGCUAUCCAGGCCAUAGUAUAGCUAAAGCUGUACAGGCCCUAGAUAGAUCUCUUGUGCAGGGAGAUGUUCGAGGGGCUUAUAGAUUUCUGUUUGAAGAUCCUUGUGAUGGAGUUGCAAGUGAAAGUUGGAUUGCAGGAGUUAGUCCAUGUUUACGAACUUCAUUGAAGUGGAUUGGGACUGCCAACUUGUCAUUUGUUUGCUCUGUAUUUUUCCUCUGUGAGUGGGCAACAUGUGAUUUCAGGGAUUUUAGGACUGCCCCACCUUGUGAGCUGAAAUUUACUGGCAGAAAGGAUUUCUCUCAGGUAUUUGUUGUUACUAGGCUUUUGAAGCUAAAGAUAAGAGAUUUGCAAAGUUCAACUCAACGAAAGAAUGACAGCGUCCUUGGAGUCAGUAGUGUUGCAAAAGGUUCUACCCAGCAGAACAAUUUUCCUGUCAGAGUUUCCUUGGGAAAUUCCUGUGAGGUUAAACCAAAAAAUGUUGAUCAAAGAAGUAUGAAAUCGUCAAAUAUAUUUGAGAGCCCUGGUCCUUUACACGAUAUCAUAGUGUGUUGGAUUGAUCAACAUGAAGCAGGCAAAGGAGAAGGUUUGAAGCGCCUUCAACUACUUCUAAUUGAACUUAUCCGGUCUGGUAUUUUUAAUCCUCAUGCUUAUGUUAGGCAGCUGAUAGUUAGUGGGAUUAUGGAUAUGAAUGGACCGGUGGUUGAAGUAGACCGGUGGAAGAGGCAUUUUCGUAUCUUGAAGCUGUUGCCUGGGCUUUUAAUGCAUGAUGCUCUGGAAGAAGCAGGGAUUGCUGUAGGGCCACAACUUUCAGAGGCCAUGAACUUCUACUCAACUGAGCGCCGUCUAAUACUUCGUGGGCUUCUCUCCAAUCAAAAUAAAAAUGUGUCUGUUCUGAAGCAAAAGCAUUAUCCCAUUCCUGGAAAAGAUGGUGGUUUGCCAGUUUCUGUGGAUCAGUGGAAGGCUGUUCAGCCAUCACCCAACGUACUGCCCGGUAAAAGUGGCAAGACUGAUGCUGAUGUUGAAGAACUAAAGGAAGCAAUAUCAGUUCUGUUGCAAUUCCCAAAUACUUCAUCCCCAACAACAGAUACGGGGCUUGAUGAAUCCCAAGGGAGUGUUAAGAGGCCUUUUGGGUCAAUCUAUAACAAGAUGGAUCUGGGAGAAGGCACCCCUGGGUGUGAAGAAUGCAGAAGAGCAAAGAGGCAAAAAGUGAGUGGCGAAAGGAGCUCAUGCAUCCAAGGAAAAUUUUCAAUUCCUUCAGAUGAUGAAGAUACCUGGUGGAUGAGGAAGAGACCUAAGUCCUUGGAGCCAUUGAAGGUUGAUCCACCUGUUAAAUCAACCAAACAGGUCUCUAGGAACCGGCAGAAGAUAGUUCGUAAAACUCAAAGUCUUGCUCAACUUGCAGCUGCUAGGAUUGAAGGUAGCCAGGGAGCAUCUACGAGUCAUGUCUGCAAUAAUAAAGUAAGCUGUCCACAUCAUAAAAGUGGAGUUGAGGGGGAAACCCCGAAGUCUAUAGAUCCAACCAAAAUGAACCAUGGUGGGGAUAUUGUUUCAAUUGGAAAAGCUUUAAAGCAGCUCCGAUUUGUAGAGAAGAGGACAAUUACGGUUUGGCUGAUGACUGUUAUCAGGCAACUUGUUGAAGAGACUGAAAAGACCAUUGCGAAGGUUGGCCAAUUUGGUAGGACUUUCACAUCUGUUGAUGAUAGGAGCUCCAUGCGGUGGAAGCUUGGUGAGGAUGAACUUUCUGCUGCACUGUAUUUGAUGGAUGUUUCAAAUGAUUUAGUUUCGGCAGUCAAGUUUCUCCUUUGGUUGCUGCCAAAGGUUAGUGGGCCUAGUUCUCCAAUCCAUAGUGGGAGGAACAUUAUGCUGUUGCCCAGAAAUGCUGAAAAUCAAGUGUGUGAAUUGGGGGAGGCAUUUCUGGUAUCAUCACUCCGAAGGUAUGAGAACAUAAUUAUUGCUACAGAUCUUAUUCCAGAAGUCUUGUCUGUUACAAUGCAUCGUGCUUCAGCCAUAGUGGCAUCUAAUGGAAGAGUUUCAGGUUCAGCUGCCUUAGCAUACAGUCGGUAUUUAUUGAAGCGAUACAGCAAUGUAGCUAGUGUCAUUGAAUGGGAAAAGAGUUUCAAGCCAACAUGCGAUAAGAGACUUCUUUCUGAACUUGAGUCUGGACAGUCAGUGGAUGGAGAGUUGGGGUUUCCGCUUGGUGUUCCAGCCGGAGUCGAAGAUCUUGAUGAUUUUUUCCGCCAAAAGAUUAGUGGGGUUCGGUUAUCCAGGGUGGGUUUAAACAUGAAAGAAAUUGUGCAACGAAAUGUGAAUGUUGAUGAUGCAUUUCAGUAUUUUUUUGGGAAAGAGAGAAAGCUCUUUGCUGCUGGUGCUCCUAAAGGCCCUCCUGUUGAUAAAUGGGACGAUGGAUAUCAGAUAUCUCAAAAAAUAAUUACAGAACUGAUGGACUGCAUUAGGCAAACUGGGGGUGCUGCUCAAGAAGGGGAUCCAUCUUUGGUGUCUUCUGCCAUUUCUGCUAUUGUGGGUAAUGUAGGGCUAACUAUAGCAAAGGUUCCAGAUUUUAGAGCGGGGGGUAGCUAUUCAACCUUUCCAUCUGCCACUGAUUCCUUGAACUUUGCUAGGCGUAUUUUGCGUAUCCAUAUAAGUUGCCUAUGCCUCCUUAAGGAAGCUCUUGGAGAGCGCCAAACCCGUGUGUUUGAGGUAGCUCUUGCGACAGAAGCUUAUUCUGCUCUUGCUGGGGUUUUUGCUCCUGGAAAGGCCCCUCGAAAUCAAUAUCACUCCUCCCCUGAAUCCCAUGAUUCAAACACUAAUAUGUCUAAUGACAUUUUGAAUAGUAGAGUAGUUCUUGGGAGGACAACAAAAGUUGCAGCUGCUGUUUCUGCACUAAUCGUCGGGGCGGUUGUUCAAGGUGUUACUAGCUUGGAGAGAUUGGUGACCGUAUUCAGGUUAAAGGAAAGGUUGGAUGUAAUUCAAUUUGUAAGGAGUAGUAGAUCCAACUCUAAUGGCAAUGCUCGUUCUGCUGGGGCAUUUAAGGGUGAUAACUCGCUUGAAGUUUAUGUGCAUUGGUUUAGACUUCUCAUUGGAAACUGCAGAACAGUCUCUGAUGGAUUGGUCGUGGAACUCUUGGGUGAACCCUCUGUAAUAGCUCUUUCGAGGAUGCAGCGUAUACUCCCUCUUGAUUUGGUUUUUCCACCUGCCUAUUCAAUAUUUGCUUUUGUUAUGUGGCGGCCAUUCCUUCUUAGCACUAGCUUUGCAGCCCGGGAUGAUUUUAACCAAUCAUAUCAAUCUUUAACAACAGCUAUAGGUGAUGCUAUAAAGCACUCUCCUUUUCGUGAUGUGUGUUUGAGAGAUAGUCAGGGUUUCUAUGAUCUUGUAGCUGCAGAUGGUAGUGAUGCUGAAUUUGCAGCCAUGCUAGAGCUAAAUGGUUCGGACAUGCAUAUAAAAUCCAAGGCUUUUAUUCCAUUACGUGCAAGGCUUUUUCUAAAUGCCAUAAUGGAUUGUAAGAUGCCGCACUCUUCAUUUACACAGGUUGAAGCAAAUCAGGUCUUUGGACAUGGUGAAUCUAAAGUCCAAUUUGCAGAGCAUGAAACAAAGCUUGUAGAUAAGCUUGUACAUAUUUUAGAUACCCUGCAACCUGCGAAAUUUCAUUGGCAGUGGGUAGAGCUUAGGCUCCUUUUGAGUGAACAAGCCCUCAUUGAAAAACUUGAGAAUCAAGAUGUGUCUUUAGUGGAUGCCAUUCGGUCGUCAUUGCCUAGUCCUGAAAAGGUUGCUGCCUCCGAGAAUGAGAAAUAUUUCAUUGAGAUCAUCCUUACGAGGUUAUUAGUUAGACCUGAUGCUGCCCCCCUUUUCUCGGAUGUGGUUCAUCUUUUUGGGAGAUCACUAGCAGAUUCUAUGUUGUUGCAGGUCAAAUGGUUCCUGGGUGGUUCUGAUGUUCUUUAUGGACGAAAAUCCAUUAGACAACGUCUUCUUAAUAUUGCUGAGAGUAAGGGUCUCUCAAUCAAGACCCAAUUUUGGAAGCCAUGGGGAUGGUGUAGUUAUGAUGCUGAUCCCAUGACAAACAGGGGAGAUAAGAGAAAGUUUGAAGUCGCCUCCCUUGAAGAGGGUGAGAUGGUUGAAGAGGGAACAGACUCGAAAAAGUAUGGGAAAGGGGCCACUCAAACAUUGGACAUUGAAAGCUACAAUGUCACUCAGCAGCAUGUGACAGAGAGGGCUCUCAUUGAAUUACUUCUUCCAUGUAUAGAUCAAAGUUCUGAUGAGUCGCGCAAUGCAUUUGCAAAUGAUUUGAUCAAGCAGUUGGGUAAUAUUGAGCAACAAGUUAGUCCAGUUACUCGUGGGACAAAUAAGCAAGCCGGACCAACUCCUUCUGGAGUUGAAGGUCCCACAAGCAAGGGAAAUAGCCGCAAAGGUAUAAGGGGUGGCAGUCCUGGAUUAGCUAGGCGUGCAGCAGGAGCAGCUGAUUCUGGUCCACCAUCCCCUGCAGCUUUGCGAGCUUCUGUGUCGCUUCGGUUGCAGUUGCUCUUAAGAUUGCUUCCUGUCAUUUGCGCAGACAGGGAGCCAUCUGGCCGGAACAUGAGGCAUGGGCUUGCCUCUGUAGUACUACGUCUUCUAGGAAACCGAGUUGUGCACGAGGGUGCAGACCUAUGCUUCAAUAUCAUACAGAGUACUUUCUCUAAGAGGGAUGCAGAGUCUUCAACAGAAGCUGCCUCUGCAGCUUUUGCAGAAUUGUCAAAUGAAAGUCUCUUUGACCAAUUAUUGUUCGUUCUGCAUGGGCUGUUAAGCAGUUGCCAGCCAAGUUGGUUGAGGUAUACGAAGUCAGCGAAUGAGGGGGGAAAAGAUUUAGCUGCAUUUGAUCGUGAACUGGCAGACAAUUUGCAGAAAGACUUAGAUCGUAUGCAACUUCCUGAAAUGAUUCGCUGGCGUAUCCAAACUGCAAUGCCAGUGGUUAUCCCUUCUGUUCAGCGCCUUGUCUCUUGCCAACCACCACCUGUUCCAGAUACUGCUUUGGCCAUUCUUCAACCCAGCAUAUUGGUUUCUGGGUUGCAUGCUGGAAGCUCAAACCCACCUCAAAGAAAUCAGGCUCCUCUGGCUCGGAUAGUAACUAACGUACCGGGGAAAUUUAAACCGUUGCCAUCACAGGAUUAUGAUAUGGAUAUUGACCCAUGGACACUGCUGGAAGAUGGUGCAGGUUCAGGCCCAUCUUCAAGUAAUAGUGCUUUGAUAGGCAGUGUGGACCAUGGCAAUCUUCGAGCAUCUAGCUGGCUCAAGGGGGCCGUGAGGGUGAGACGAAAGGAUCUCACAUACAUUGGUGCUGUGGAUGAUGACAGCUGAGUUCAAAAGAAAAUUUUGUUGUUGAUUUUGUCCGGAAUGAGAACCCCCUCAGCAGGUAACUUAAUGUUUACAUUCACUGUGCAUAAUUGGCAUCAGUAUCACCGUGUUGUGCGGGUCCAUUUCUUUGAUGAUGGAGAAUCUGUUGAGAGGGAAUUUUUUUGGAAGGACGCACGGGGUCCUUUUGGAAGAAAUUUGGAGAUGUUCUUAUUCAGCCCAUACAACCAGGUCUUUUGGCUGCUUGACUACUAACCCUUCGAUCACCCCCCAUCCAACCGUGCACCUCCUCCAUGCUGUUCAGAGGUCUGUUGUAUAUAUAGAUGAUUUGUUCACUUUACCAAUUGAUCUGAGUAAGAUAUCUGCAGAAUGAUAUGUAGCUGUUCUUUUUUCCCCUUAUAAUCAAUCUCUACGUUCUCUC